AUGGCCUUGGCUGCGAAAUGGCAAGAAGAGGGAAAAACAGACCUGGGGGAGUUCGUUGCCAACAGAGGCCCUAAAAUUGUGAAUGAGGCUAUAGAAACAGCCAGGGAGCUGAACGAAGCGCAAGAAAGACUGAAAAGAGCAAACAAAACACGAAUUGAGUUAUUGGAAGAGAGUGCGGCAAGCGCAUGUGCUGAUGGUUGCCAAGGGGAGUGGUUAUCAGCUGCCAAAGAAAUUUUAGUUUUAAGUGGCAUCGGUAUACAAGAUUUCUCAUCUGCUCUUCAUGAUGCUUUAAAACGCGGCAGAGGAAAAUACCGUAACGUAUACAUAUAUGGCCCUGCAAAUUGUGGCAAAACCUUCCUUCUCUCUCCGCUCAAAAAGAUCUUCAAAUGCUUCAUGAACCCGGCAUCCGGAACUUUCGCGUGGCUUGGAAUUGAGAACGCAGAGGUAGUCUUGUUAAACGAUUUCCGCUGGAAGCCUUCACUAAUACCCUGGUAUGAGUUGCUGCAAGUGCUCGAGGGCGAUACUGUUCAUUUUCCUGCACCCAAAAAUGUGAUGAACAAGGACAUUGUCCUAGAUAAAGAUACACCGUUCUUUGCAACAAGCAAUGCCCCACUUGCACUUAUCAAGGGUGGCUCGAUUGACCGGAUUAACACCAAAAUGAUGCAAGUUAGAUGGCACACCUUUCAAUUGCAUCGGCAAAUACCACAAAACGAACAGAAGGAGAUUAAAGCAUGUAAUUCAUGUUUUGCUAAAUUUAUAAUAAACAACACUGCUCAUUAACUUAGGACAACACAAUGUUAGUGAUAUACGCUAGACGGCAAUUAUGCUAAUAAGCUUUUCCGGAUCAGACUAUUGCAAUCCAACUACCAUCGGUUGACACAUCGAUUGUCACUUUAGAAAUAUGAAAUAACAAGCAAAUAAAAAGCUUCUAAAACAGACUAAGGCUGAGAAUAAUAUGUUGAUAGUGUAUAACAUUGUGGUAGCUAGUUUUUAAAUGGUUUAAUUAUAUUUAUUAUUUAUUGAAAGUAAUUCAAGAGUUUUGAUUGGAUGAAAUCGUCAUAUCCGUUCGGUAGUUGCCCAAAUUUGGAGUUAUGGCAUCACCAUUGAAUAUUGAAAACACAUAUACGACAUUAUGACGUAAUUUGGUCGUAUAUUGAAAAAACAUAUACGACAUUAUGACGUCACAUUAAUUUAUGCUGCUUAUAUGCCAAAAGCGGGAAAAUACAAAUGGCUUCCUCAAAGGAAAGGUUCGCCGACCUUGGGGAAGCUGAAAUAAAAAGAUUGCUUGAAGAAAAAGACUCAGUAAACACAAAAAAAGCUACAAAAGCAAACAAAGCGAUUUUUGAAGAGUAUCUACGAGAAAAGAAGCUUGGCCAUCCAGAGAAUAGCGAAGAACUUGCUUCGGUUCUCAAAAGCUUUUAUGCUGAUCGAAGUGAGGAAAAAAAGAUGAGUCAGAAUACACAAAAAAUUCGCUGUAUAAUUUUUACAACUGUCAAAUUCACUUUCACGAGUAAAAUGUUUAUAAAUGUUAAAGGUAAUAUUUAAAUUCGUGUUAGAACAGUUGAAGAACACUUGUUUUCUCGAUCAUUUGUGUUUUUAUACAAAUAUUCCGUAUAUUUUCUCGAUAAUUUGUAUUUUUAUAUAAAUAUUCUGUAUAUUUUCUCGAUAAUUUGUAUUUUUAUAUAAAUAUUCUGUAUAUUUUCUCGAUAAUUUGUAUUUUUAUAUUUAAAAAUAUUCUGUAUACUUGAAGUGUAAAUGGGGUCAGUAAAAUCUGUAGCAUUCUUUCAAACGCUUAUAUUCAGUUGAAAUAAAUUUGUUUGAAUUAAUUUGUUUGAUUUUGUAAUAUGACAACAGUUUUAAAAAUAACAACAUAAAACGCUCUCUGAGUUUCCAGCGAUAUACAUACCCUUUUCUAGAUAUAUACCUAAUAAUAAUAAACGAACGAACGAAUGUAUUCCUUCCACUCGUGAGCUCAUUUACCAUUGUCACAUAUAGUAAAUGUCCAGGCCUUGUGACCCUGGAUGGGCACUUAAAAGGAAAGAAUACACAAACACAAACUGCGCAUGAACGAACGUUCAAAGUGAAUGCCUCUUGUUAGCCACCUACAAAAUUAUUAUUAGCGUAAACAAUAUGUCUCACACCUUCUUCUUCCUUUUAAGUGCCCAUCCAGGGUCACAAGGCCUGGACAUUUACUAUAUGUGACAAUGGUAAAUGAGCUCACGAGUGGAAGGAAUACAUUCGUUCGUUCGUUUAUUAUUAUUAGGUAUAUAUCUAGAAAAGGGUAUGUAUAUCGCUGGAAACUCAGAGAGCGUUUUAUGUUGUUAUUUUAUUUCCUGAGUACGGGUCUUCGACCAAUUUCAUAUUGUUAGUUUUAAAAAUAUUCUUUCCUAGUCUGAUUGGCUUAUUUAGUCUUGCGAACACUAUAUUAUUGUUCCAUUUUCAGCAGCUUGCGCGGUCUUGUUUACAAUGCAAGCGUUUACCCUAAGUCCAAUAUAUAUACAAAUAAAUAAUAAAACAAUUAUUGAAUUCGGUUCUCGUAGGAUAUGAGGAAUUAUUAAGGCCUCGGUUUGUGUUAUCUGCCUCAGCCUUCGGCUUCGGCAGAUAACACAAACCUCUGCCUUAAUAAUUCCUCAUAUCCUGCUCGACCUCAUUCAAUAAUUGUUUAAUAAAAGUGAGGAAACCCAGUUUUGGAUCGAUUGUCACUUUUUACAUAAAUCUAUUUGAGUAUCAUAUAGUGAUUUCUAGAGUUGAGUAUCAAUCGAUCACUUUUUACAAUUUUUAUAUAUUUUGUGAUUAAGUAGAACCCGUAAUAUAUUAAUGCAUACUCCCUCGUCACUUUCCCUUAAUAGACUAGUAAAUGUUCCAAAAAAUAUUUUGCUGUAAAAUGUUAAAGCCAAAUCAAUGGAAAUGGUCUGUGAAUAAAGUGACAAUCGCGUGUCAAUUGAGCACAUGUUCAAAGCGUGUUAUAUUACACUAUAUAUUUCAUUAUAUCAUAUCGUCAAUACUUUGUUCUGAAUCCUUUACAUUUAAUCACAUCAUCAAUGCGUUUGGGCAUGCUUAAUAAAAGAUUGUUAAUAUAUUUUGAGUAUAGUUUUACGCACUCUUGCUUUAAAUUCAGGCCAUGUUUCUUGAUAUAUGCACCCCGAGAUAGCUUGACUCUUGAGCUGCUUUUUCACUAUGUGGAAUAAGUUCUCGAUGGGAUUAAGAUCUGGCGAACGCGCAGGGAUUUCAAAUAAUGUUGCACCAGAAUCGUUUAUUGCUUUCUUAGCCACUUUGCCUCUCUGUGAAGGCUCAUUGUCCAUAACAAAGCACUUUUGCUGAUUCUCGGCUGUAAAGAGCUUCUUUUGUCGGACGUCCUUUGGUCGGACGCAUCGCAGACAAGAAGAUUUGGCCAGUCAUCCACUACAACGCACCGUUAUCAAUAUGAGUGCUAGAAGACUUACGCCGGUUGAAGAAGAUGUCUUGGCUCUUGGAUUAAAUUUCGCUGUGGUACCCCGUGUUCUUCCUAAAGAAGAAUUCGUACAACGUUUGGAACCGAAGUUAUACCACAUGACGAACGAUGAAGCUAGUAACAUCCGCGUCCAAAUCACCGAGGCUCUACGACGUGCAACGCUUCCAGCUUCGAAUUUAACCAAGAAUGAGAAGGAUGCAUUGAAAAACUUAAGAGCAGAUAAGUCAAUACAUAUUUUAAAGGCUGAUAAGGGUAACGCUACGGUCAUUUUAGAUCGUCUAGAAUAUGAUAAUAAAAUCCUGGCUCUUUUAAACACUUCAACUUAUAAAGAGCUUAAAAGAGACCCUACAGCUACCAUUGAACGUAAAAUAUGUUUCAAACUAUCUGGUUUUAAAAAGGCAG